UGUACUUCCUCCUCUCACAUUCUCUCUCCCCUACGCUGCGUACAGUAUGUGAUUAUUCAGCCUAGGACUGAGAGGGGACAUUCAGCGCUGUCACAGUGGACCUCUCGAUCACAAUGUCGGUCUGGACUGCUCUUGUCCUAGUAAUGGGUUUAUCAGCACAAGCACAGGGGUCCAGCUCUUUCACUGGAGUUUGUUCAAGACAGGUGGACAAGAUUCCAGUUAUAUACAAUGAGACCUUCAUCCAGCCAGUAUAUCAGCCGUAUCUCACAACGUGCCGCGGCCAGCGCACAUGCAGCACCUACAGGACGGUGUAUUCAGUAUCUGUCCGGCAGGUGAGAAGGGAGAUCCUACAGGCAAAGUCAGUCUGCUGCCCGGGGUGGAGGAAGAAGGAGCCCUCGUCAGAGUCCUGCGAAGAAGCCGUGUGUCACAAACCGUGCCAGAAUGGGGGGACCUGCAUCAAGCCCAACAUGUGCCGCUGUGCUCCGGGUUGGGGAGGCAGGCACUGCCACGUGGAUAUAGACGAGUGCAGACGUCCCUCUCGUUACUGCCCCCAGCUGUGUGUCAAUACUCGGGGCAGUUACCGAUGUGAAUGUAAUGCAGGAUACGUUCUAGGGGAAGAUGGGAAAUCAUGCAUAAAAAACAAGACGCCUGUGGUUCCGGUUCAACAAGCUGAAGACGCCUCACACAGGCUCUCUAAUGAGGUACAGGAUCUGCGCAGUCUUGUUACCACCUUAGAGCAGAAGCUGGAUGGCACCAUGUCAGCUCUCCAGAGACUCUUCCCCAUUAAACUAUCAGAGAUCCGCAUUGAGCAGGUGCAGCAAUUUUGGGAGCAGAUCCGCAGUUUGGAUCGAGUGGAUUUCCUGAGUGAUCAACUGAUGUACAUGGAAGAAAAGAUGGGGGAGUGCUCCUGCCGCGGAAAUGACAUUGAGAUGCCUGUAGAUCUGAAGCGCUGACCCCUUACAAAGUCCCAAAACUUAUUUAUAUGACCUCCAUGGAACAAGCUUAUUUAUGACCCCUUUUUCCUAUUUAUAACUGCAAUUCCUUUGUGUCACGUCGCAGUAAUCAAUAAAUACUAUUUCUAUAGAAAACUA